AACAAGACGGAACCAACGGCGGCGCAAACGCCGGAAAGCCCGACGUCGCUUCAACUAUCGCUAUCGACAGCGACUUUUCUUUUUUGUUGUUGUUGUUGUCGUGCGGGCGGCAUGCUUCUACGCGAGUCGAAACAGCGGCACGCACACACACACCUGUUGAUGUUGCCAGCGCUCUCUCUUUUUUUUUCUGUGUUUGUGAAAUGAGAACGCGACCGGUAGCCAAUCUGGCGAGCGCCCCGCCACCAAUGGAGUGUCAACGAAAGGCCUUCUCGAAUCGUGUGGAUGUGCUUCGCCGAUAACCCCCACCCACCCUGAAAUCUGUGACAGACGUGCGUCUGAAUGAGAUCUCUCUAUUGAGCCGUGUGCGCAGCUAGAGCAGACGAGAUCAGUGCCAGUGAGCCGCUUGAGCAGACCAUAUCGGUAAUGCUGCAAAGUCUCGCUUCGAAGUGCUGGAAAAGCAAAGCCCUUCUUAUCCGCUUGCGUGAUUUUACUGCAAGACAUCGACGUGAAGAUUUUAUAGAGUGAACAUGGAGGAGUUCGUGAAUCCGUGUGAGCGCGUGCAUCACUUCAAUUCCAGCGAGCAGUGUGCCUUCGUCCGAGGAUGCGAGCAGUGUCAAGAAGACGAACAGUUCAUCCCUUACAUGACGUUCGUGUAUUGUGCCUUCGGAUCGGGAAAUACGCCGCCAGCAUUAGUAUGUCUCGUAAUAGCCCUUCUUACCAUGUUCGUAGGCCUAGGAAUUACUGCGGACGACUUUCUCGCUCCAGCUCUCAUCGUCAUCUCUGACACACUUCGUCUUUCACAAAACAUCGCCGGCAUCACAUUUCUAGCGUUUGGAAACGGAGCACCGGACAUCAUAUCUUCCCUCGCCGGCAUCCAGCAAGCCAGGCCUGAUCUGGUCAUCGGUGAACUAUUUGGUGCUGGCAUCUACGUAGUAUGCGUGGUGGCCGGAUCCAUAUGCUUGACGCAAGACUUCAAGAUCAUGGAACGUCCAUUCUUGAGGGACAUCAUCUUCUACAUAGGCGCCACCUAUUGGGCAUUUUACAUAUUUUAUACGCAGAAGAUGACAUUGUAUCAUUCGAUAGGGUUCAUCAUCUUGUACAUCAUGUUCAUUGCCUUUGUGGUGACCAGUCGAGUUGUUUAUCAACACAUGAAAGAGAAAGAACUUGCAAAGGCCGAAGAAGCAAAGCUAUCUAAAUGUAGUCAGCAUAUUAGCACCAUUCAUCAACAGAUGAAUGGAGAUCAGACUGGAAACUAUCUUGCUCCACCGCCCGUGCCACUCACAUUCAGCAAGGCUGCCCACGAAGAACCAGAACCAGAACCAGAAGACAUGGGCAUCAUGUUACGACGUUUUAGUUUCCGUGAAAGCAUAUCUCAUCGUACCAGGAGGCCCACAGUGACGGGGGUUCACCUGCACAACCACAGAAGAAAUUCCAUCUUCAUGAUUACCGCCUCGGAGCAGGAGCGUAUGGCGCAGAUUCGAAGCCGCGCGUCAAGUAAGGCAUCUAGUCGACGUGACAGUGUAUCCAAUCAGAAUGGGAUGCCUGCAGUGAUGCUUAGCCCGCAGGCAGCGUCCAGCCUCUCCGCCCUGGUAUCCAUAGCCGCAUCUGUCGAAGACCUCGAAGCACCUCAGCUGUCGCCGCUUCGAGAACUGGGCCUUCACUUGUUGCCCAUAGAUCUGAAUGAGUGGCCGGAGAAAAAGUGGUACGGAAAACUCUACGAAGUAUGCAAGGCUCCCAUCUACUUCAUCCUGACCUUAACUACUCCCGUUGUGGAUUAUGAAAACGAUAAAAACAAUUGGUGCCGUCUUCUGAACAGCCUUCACUGCGUCAUCAGUCCCAUGUUCAUUCUGCUCGUUACUCAAGUUGUGAACAUCACAGUAGCGGGUUUCCCAAUCGCAGUGAUCGUCUUCUUAGUAGCUGCAUGCUUGGCCCUCGUUGUAUUUUUCACGUCCAAAUACGAUGAGCCUCCGAAGUACCACUGGAUUUUUGCCUACCUGGGGUUCUUUGUAGCAGUUUUCUGGAUAUACGGACUUGCCAACGAAGUGGUGUCAUUGCUCAAGACCGUGGGCAUCGUCAUAGGCCUAAGCGAUGCCUUCUUGGGAAUGACUGUUCUUGCCUGGGGAAACAGCAUAGGAGAUUUUAUAUCUAAUUUGGCGGUAGCCAGGCAAGGCUACCCAAGGAUGGCCAUAUCAGCCUGCUAUGGCGGACCUCUUCUUAACUUACUCCUAGGAUUUGGCAUACCAUACACACUAAAACUGGUACAAACCGGUGGCGUGCUAAGGCUAAGAUGGAGCAACAUGAUUGCUGUGCUCUACGGAACCAUAUGCCAAACCUUGGUCUCCACCUUGGUCGUCAUGACAAUCCUGCGGUUCACGGUCAGACGUGCCUUCGGUGCGUACCUCCUGGUCGUCUACGCCACAUACUUGACGGUUGCUAUCCUCAUCGAGGCCAAGGUGUUGUGAACAGAAACUUCCCGCCUCACUCAACGGAUGCUCCAAGAAAGAGCGUGCUCCGAAGUGCUAAGUGAAGUGUGUGCGUGGACACCGCGGUAGCGCUCCACAUGGGGACGCAUUCAAGCUACUGCAGACAGUGAUGACGUUCCACAAACGUUUGCGGUAUUGCGUUACUCGAGUCAUUCUCUUUCUGUGUUUGUCUGAAUGUUGCUAUUUAUUUGGAAACUAGGUGCAUUAGAGUGCUAGUCAACGUAUGUGUGCAGUUCAGAUGAACAGGAUUCAUCCAGCAAGCUCCACCACUUUUCUCUCAAGUCUGACACCCUACCUCUAUAAACUCUCCAAUAACUGCCAAUGAAAAGACACCGAGGUUUUUUGUAUAAGAAGCUAAAAGCUAUAUUUCGAGACAUAAAUAACAAAAUCAUCAUAUCCACGUAAUAUUUUGUGUGUAAAUAGCGGCUACAAAGCAGGCAAGCUUGUGAUAUAUCUGGUCUCGAUAGCGAACCCCGAGACUGGGGUGGAAUUGGGGUAGAUCUGUGUGUUUCUACCCCAGUCUCAGGGUUUCAUCGUGGAGAUGUGAUGUGUGCUGUUCUUCCUUACAUACCAAAGGUUCACCACCAAAGGAAAUAUAUAUCACAUUCUGUGGGAGUGUUGGAAUCCAAAAGUAAUAUAUCCACUUUUACCUCUAUCCUCUUUUUCUACAACGAAUGUUUCCCAACAACCGAGAAUGGUCUCAAAACAAUGGAUGUUGCUCGGGUUAUGGUACAAACGAGACUGCCAUAAUUUGGCACUCGAUCAGAACACCUUCCUGAUAUUAUCGCCACGAGGCAAAUAAAUGUGCAUAUUUGCUCAAAUAUAUAA